CCCAUCUGUCACACGAUCAAUGCAUUGCCUUUUGUCGAUCCUCGCUAGAGCUAUACACAGACAAAGCAGAGCAUAACACUGUUGACAUCACCAAACAUGUUCCUUCCGUCCGACGCUGUGUGGAGCUGCUCCGGCCGAACGUGAACUGCUAGCAAACCAGGAGACAAAAGCAACAAAGUGAACCCCCCCCUCCGGAUCAAUCAAAUGUGUCAUAUUUAACUGUUUAGGAGCCGAAACCUGGAGAUCACACCGAUCAUACUUCACAGUUGUGUGUGGAGAGAUGGGACUACUUCAGUCAUAAAUGGAGAGGGACACGCAGGCACCCUGUGUCCCGGUCAGCAACACGCUCAUAACAACACCGGCUUGAGAGCUGUAGUAUCGAUGACUACACCUGGAAAAAGUGACUACAUUUGACAAAGCAGACCUGACUGUUCUACCAAAACCCUUGGGCUGCUGCCAUGGAUGGGGAGGAAGAGGUGUCUCCCAUGAGUGAGGAUGUGGUCAGUGAACCCAAUGGCACCACGGAAAGUAAAAAGAGAGAGGCCAAAGGGACCUGCCUGAAAAUUGAAGGCCAGGAUGGCUACGUGUUCAAGUCCUACAGCAUCAAGCCUCAUGAGGCUGCUGAUGCAAAGUCACCUGCAAGCUCUUUAACACUGGAUAAAGACCCUCCACAAUCUCCCCCUUUAUCUCCUCAGGAUGACAAACUGUUGGAGUCAGACAAAGCAAGUGAGACUGAUCCAGCUUCUCCCACUCUUUCAAAUAAAUGCCUAAACACUGAAUCUGAGGGGAAUACGGAGAAGGAAAAUGGGGAUGAAGCAAGUCAACAUAUCAAAGAGGAGAUUGUGGACACAAAUGGAAUGGAGGAUGAAACCCAAGAUGACGAAAGGCUAGGAUUCGGUAGCUCUGUUGGCCCUUUUGUAACUAGAGAUGGUGAUGAUUACAGUAAUUUACUAAAUGGAUACACAAGCACCCUUUAUGAUGUUGCCAUGGACGCUGUCACUCAGAGCCUUCUGUCAUCUAUGAGGAGUAAUAACAACCCUAGGAAGAAAUCCCCUGCAUGGAAUCAUUUUUGCAUAUCACCACGAGACAGUACCAAAGCAAUCUGUUUAUACUGCAUGAAAGAGUUCAGUCGGGGCAAGAACGAGAAAGACCUCAGCACGAGUUGUUUAAUGAGGCACGUGCGAAGGGCUCACCCCACUGUGCUUUUACAAGACGGAGCAGACGCAUCCUCAAAUAAUCUCACCAGCUCCUUCUCCUCAUCUUUGAUACCUCCAUCCCCAAACUCACCAAAAAACGGAGACUUGACAAAUUCUUCUGCCUCAAAGAACACUUCACCGUCCACCUCCUCAGCUGAUAACUCAGACCUGUCAUCCAAAGAAGUGUUACCCAAAGUCGAACCAAAACUAGAACCGCUUGCCAACACUGAUACAAUUUUUAGCUCGCUCUCAUCCUCACAUUCCAAUGAAAACAACCUUGAAAAUAUGUCCGACAGUGGGCCUGAUCGCCUCCCCGGGACCCCAAAAAGCUCAAGUUCCCGCCGGAGAUCAGCUGUAUGGAAACACUUCUACCUGUCGCCUGCUGACAGUUCCAAAGCUGUAUGCAUCCAUUGCAUGAAUGAAUUCAGUAGGGGGAAAAAUGGGAAGGAUCUAGGGACAAGCUGUCUUAUCCGUCACAUGUGGAGGGCCCACAAAGAGGUUGUCAUUGAGGAAAAUGGACAGGGCAAUCACAUUCCCCCACCCUAUUCAAACCCACCCUCACUACUGUCCCGCACACAACUACAGGAUCCUCUAGACAUAAAAAAAGAAUCACCCCUUCUUCCAUCCUCGCCAGAAACCAUAUCAGAUGAAUUACCCCAAAGCAUGGAUGAAAGCAUGGACAUAAAAGAGGAAUCAGAUGAGGUGAUGAAUCUUUCAGGGCAGGAAUCCUCUGUCAAUCUCUUCUUCAAAAAUCAGGAGGAGGACCCACCCCUAACUUCCUCACCAUGCGACCUCUCUGAGGGCCCGAGUCUCAAUCAGGAUCAUUCAGUUUUCCAGCAAAACAAAAAGAUCAUGAAACGGGUGAAAUCAGAAGUGUGGCACCAUUUUAUAGUGUCACAAAUUGACCAGUUGAAAGCACUGUGCCGUUACUGUCCAUGCGUCAUCAGCCGGGGGAAACGGGGCGACUUUGGUACAAGUUGUCUGAUGAGGCAUCUAAUGAGACGCCACCCAGACGUUCUCAAAAACCAAAAAAGCACAGAUGAGAAGGAUUCCUCUCCUCACCCCUACACUAAUCUCACCACGACAGAUGCAGUUUCAACCAAAGAAACUGAGAGCCCCGCCUGUGAGAAGAAACCACAAACACUGCCCGGUUUCAGUAAAAAGACGUCAAAACUGUGGAACCAUUUCUCCAUUUCACCUACUGACCCCACAAAGGUGAUUUGUUUGCACUGUGGCCGCACAAUUAGCAGAGGCAAAAAGACUACUAACCUCGGCACAAGCUGCCUCUUCAGGCACAUGCAAAGGUUUCAUGGACAUAUUCUUGAAAGUAAAAAUGCUAUCUCAGGUGAAGUGCCGUCUGCUGAAAUUAAUGUCAAACAAGAGCUCAUGGACACUUCUGUUUAUGAAACGGAACAGAACCUUGAAAGGUUUGAUGAACACCACCCGGUUGCCAAAAAAAUCACCAAACUUAUCGCAGAAAUGCUCGCACUGGAUCUUCAGCCAUCAGCUAUGGUGGAGAAUGCUGGACUAAACCGACUACUAGAGUACCUCCAGCCUCAGUAUUCUCUACCAACUUCUUCUUACUUUACCAGCACUGCCAUACCAGAUAUGUACGAAAGGGUGAAGGAAGUUGUGCUGACCCACCUGAAAGAGGCCGAAGGUGGUGUUGUCCACUUCACAACUAGUAUUUGGGUCAGCAGUCAGACACGGGAAUACCUGACCCUUACUGCCCACUGGGCGACUUACGAGUCAAGCGUCAGACCGCAGGGUCAGGACUUUCACUGCUCCGCUCUCCUAAGUGUCUCCCAAAUAGACUGUGAUCAAGAUAUGCAUGACAUCCCAAAGCAGCUGGAGUAUCUGUGGGAUUCUUGGGUCACCUCAUCAGGGCUGAAAAAGGGGUUCACUGUAACGGAUAACAACACCAUCAGAAACACCUUGGAGGACCAUGGACAUGUCGCCAUGCAGUGUUUCGGACACACUAUUGACCUCAUUGUUAGCGAAGCCAUAAAAAGCCAGAGAAUGGUUCAGAACCUUCUGAGUAUCGCACGGAAGAUCUGUGAACGGGUGCACCGCUCAGCAAAGGCCAAGGAGAAGCUGGCCGAGCUGCAGAGGGUCCACGAGCUGCCAGAGAACCAACUAAUUCAGGACGUUCCUUCCAAAUGGAGGACUUCCUUCUUCAUGUUGGAGCGGCUUGUAGAACAGAAGAAAGCCAUCGACGAGAUGUCGAUUGAAUGCAAUUUCAGGGAAAUGAUCAGCUGCGAUCAGUGGGAGGUGAUGCUGUCGGUCUGCAAUGCACUGAAACCUUUCGAGGUCGCCUGCAGGGAGAUGAGCAACCGCACUGCCACUCUGGGACAAGUGAUACCACUCAUCCACAUCCUCAACAGAAAGAUAGACCUGCUGUUUGACGAAACGGUGGGCAUAGACAACAUGCUAAUGUCUCUAAAGGAAGCCAUGGUGAGCAAAAUGUCCACAACACUGCACGACCCACGAUACACCUGGGCGACCAUGCUGGACCCAAGAUACAAGACUUCGUUGUUCACAGAGGAAGAAGCAGAGCAAUGUAAACAAGAUCUGAUCGGUGAGAUGGAGUCAUCCUCUUCUACCUCAGUCGGGGUAAAGCCUCUGCUGCCAAACGGCUGCAACGAGGCCCCCGCUUCAGCCAACGCCCCCCACCAAAACAAGGACAACCUCUGGUCUCUAAUGGCGGACAUCCGACAAAAGAUCAAACACGAGGAGAAGCCAAAGUCCUCUGAGCUGGCAGUGCUGGAGUACCUCGAGGAAGACAUACUCGAUCAAAGCUGUGACCCCCUCGACUAUUGGAACCUGAAAAAGUUCCUGUGGCCCGAUCUUGCCAAAGUAGCCGCCCGUUACGUGGGCUGCCCCCCAAGCAUCGUCCCGUCGGAGACACUGUUCAGCACCGCUAGUGUCAACUGUGCCCUAAAUCAGCCCAGACCUUUACUGGAAAACAUGGAAGGGUUGCUGUUCCUCAAAGUCAACCUCCCUUUGAUUUAUUUUCAGUACUGAUUAUUGUCGAGCAUUAACUUGAAAACCCUUUAUCGAGGACCAAGUUGCAUAGCUGUGAAAGGGUUUAUUUUUCCUGUUGGGCUUAAUGUAAAAUAUCGAUUUAUACACUGAUUGAUUCUCACUGCAAUGGCCAGAUUUUGAGGUUUUAUUUUAUUCUGUGUACUACUGUUAAAACACUUUUGUGAUGAAAAGUCUCAGUGAAAAGUGUAUCAGGGAGGGAGGGUUUUUCUAGCUGUAGGGGUUGGUGAUGAUGUGUGUGCUUGUAAAUCAAUGUUUUUUGCGUUUUCUGUGUCUACUCUCUCCUUGUGCCUUAUCCAAAAACUACUUCAGGUCAAAAUGCUGUAAAUAUUUUUGUUAAAUUACUCUGAUCACGUCAGGAUGCUUUUUUUGAUUACUGUGUAUUAAAAGAUAGAUGCGGAGUUGUUUUCUGAUUGAAAACAUGGCCCAAAAAUAAAUGCUGUGACUGAAAGAUGUUUAAGUUAAUGUUAUUUAAUUUUCAUUGUGAAUUUGUGGCUCAUGGUACUGUCAUUUAGAAAUAGUUUUUUUUUUUUUUUACUUGCUGAAAUGUUUUUUUUUUUUUUACAAGAUCAUGUAUAAUAUUGCUGUAUUUUCAGAAUAACACGUUUGUUUGAAAUACACGAUGGGUCUCUUAAGCACAAUUUAAGUUUAUGUCCAGGGGAUUAAAUUAUGGGUUUAUUAUUAAGUAAGACAAUGUACUGUACAUUUUUAUAUUAAAUGACUUCUGAACCUAAUUUGAUAAAUGUUUUAGCAUUGAGACUGGAACCAUGUACAUUUUGUGGUCAUUUUUAAAUAAAGGUUUUCCUUAUGCAAAAU